AUCGAGGCUCACAAGUACACGUAAGUCUAUUUUAAUUUUGUCCAUACUUUUGUCAAAAUCAAAGAUACGGCAUGGCGCAUAUCCUACUGCUGAGUGCCAUACUGUUGGCGACCAUCCCAGGGUUUAUAGCACCCCCUGUUGUAGAGAAACAACCUAAACCAGUAGAAGAUACAAAUACAGGAGAGGAUACUGAUACUGGUCUAGAAUAUGAUCGUUACUUAAAAGAGGUAGUAUCCAUAUUAGAAGAGGAUGAGGGCUUCAGGAAGAAAUUAGAGGAGUCAAACAUUACUUAUAUCAAGAGUGGUGAAAUAGCUCAGCAUUUAGAAAUGGUCUCCCACAGAAUCAGAACUAGACUAGAUGAGCUGAAACGCCGUGAAUUGACACGUCUUAAAGAGCUUAUGCACGCAAAAAUGCAAGCAGCAAAAGAUGCUGAGCUAGGAGAAAACAACAAUGGAAACCAUGUUGAUGUUUUAAAUCAAUUUAGGAGCAACUUGGGUCACAUGGACCACUCUAAUACAGAAACAUUUGAAGUAGCAGAUUUGGCCAAAUUAAUUGUAAAGGCAACUAAUGAUCUCGAAGAGGCUGACAAGAAACGUCGUGAAAACUUCAAGGAAUAUGAGAUGGAAAAAGAACAUUUACGACGGGAGAAAUUAAAGCGAAUGACUGAGGAGGAGAGAAAGAAAGAAGAAGAGCAUGAAAAGGAGCUGGAACAGAAACAUAAAGAACAUCCUAAAGUACAUGAACCUGGUUCUAAAGACCAACUAGAAGAAGUAUGGGAGAAGACAGACCACAUGGACCCUGAUGACUUUGAUCCUAAAACAUUCUUCAAAAUGCAUGAUUUGGAUGGUGACGGCUUCUGGGAUGAGGAAGAGACAGAGGCACUCUUCCAGAAGGAGCUUGAUAAAGUGUAUGACCCAGAAAACCCUGAGGAAGAUGAUAUGGUUGAAAGAGAAGAGGAUAUGGCACGUAUGCGUGAACAUCUUGAUAAUGAUGUUGACACUGACAAAGAUCGUUUAAUCAGCUUUGAUGAGUUUAUCAAAUACACCAAAUCUGAUGACUUUGAUAAAGAUGAUGGUUGGUUGGAAGGAGUAGACGACACAGAUAAUUUCACAGAUGAAGAAUUUGACGAAUUUGUCAAAAAAUAUGAGCAAAAACUGAAAGACCAUAACAUCAAUAAAGAUGACCUUAAGGCUGCAGUAAAUGAUUUAAAUAUAAAGGUCAGGGAUGCUGCAAAAGGCCCGGAUGGUCCAAUGACGGCGGAAGAGAUUGAUGCGAACAUUAAAGAAAAAGUUAUAUCUCUUAAAACUGGAAACCAGCCCCCUCCUGUACCAGUAGACCAUCUUCAGCCCGAACAGGGUGGCCAGCAAGUGGACCACAUGCAAAUACAACAGCAACAACAGCAGCAACAGCAACAACAGCA